CGUGACUUUUUAAACUUGCACGUUCUGUUCUGUUUGCUGAUACUGAGUGCUGCAUAUUAAAUACGGACGAUGAUCCGACGUUAUCGGAUAUUAAUGUCUAUGGAUGAGGAGGGGCGUGUCUAAGAGAUAGGCGUUACUCUUUACAAUGGCAGGACAAGGAGCUAGGCAGGGUCAGCGCAUCUUCCGCGACUUCUUCACCUUUGGAAGUAAAGAUCUGACUCACUGGUUCCCAUCGCACAUGGCAAGAGGUAUGAAGAAAAUGAGGAAUGCUCUACGAUCUGUAGACUGCAUAAUAGAAGUCCACGACGCCAGAAUUCCUUUUUCAGGGAGGAAUCCGAUCUUCGGUGAUGUACUGGACGUUAGACCUCAUCUGCUGAUAUUAAAUAAGAAAGACGUGGCUGAUAUGACGCCUCAAGAAACCAGCAAAGUUCGUAAUCAUUUGAAAGAGGAAGGAGUACAAGAUGUAUUGUACACGGAGUGCCUUACACAGAACAGCCCAAGUGUUAAAAAUAUUAUACCCCGAGUUAUUGAACUGAUAGAAAACAGCGAGAGAUACAAUCGAGUAGAGGCUGAGGAGUACACAGUGAUUGUGAUUGGUGUACCUAAUGUCGGCAAGUCAUCUCUAAUCAACGCCAUGAGGAGAAUCCACCUCAAGAAAGGGAAAGCAACACCAGUGGGUAUACAGCCAGGCGUGACCAGAUCCCUCAUGCAUAAAAUACAGGUAAGUAGCAGACCCAAAGUGUGGUUGCUGGAUUCACCAGGGAUUAUGACACCCUACAUCAGGGACAUCGAGGUCGGCAUGAAACUCGCCCUCUGUGGAAUGCUUCAAGAUCACAAAGUUGGCGAGGACGUCAUUGCAGACUAUCUCCUGUACUACCUCAAUAAAUACAACCACAACAGAUACGUUGAUUUUUAUGAUCUGGUGGCUCCUAAUGAUAAUAUUUUGGAGGUCUUGGUCGGUGUUGCCAAGAAACUCAACAAGACCUCACGCUUCAAAACUCUGGACGGAACAGUUGUCAUGAGGCCCAAUUUACACGCAGCCUCUGCACAUAUGAUCAAGUCAUUCCGUCAAGGUCACCUUGGAACUAUCACACUUGACCUUUGAACUUUCACCUCUGGAUCAGAAGGAGCUAACUAUGGGUGCGUUCAGUGCACCGUGGGCCAGCCCCAAGUGACCUUAUCCACAAGUGGGGCUCUUGGGGCUGGCCCGAGGUGCACUGACGUCACCACGAGAAGGCCCACAUGGUAAUGUCUGGGUGUUUUCCUGGUUCGAGGACGAACGUGGGGUAAUUGUGUGCCCACGUUCGUCCUGGAAAAAAA